GUCAAAUACUAAGUACCUUACUAUUAGGAAAUAGGAAAAUAAAAAUGUUCAGAACUCUGUGCAAAGUAGCCCGGGAUUUUUCCUAUCCUAAGAGUAAAUAUCCCAAAAAUCUGUUCAUAAAAUCUAAUACAACAUAUGCAAAUGCCAUCAAACGACAAUCGCACAAAAAACAACCCGUGGAAGUUGUGAAAUGGGUUUUAUUGGUUAUACCAGUAAGUUCGUUUGGGCUGGGCUGCUGGCAAGUAUACCGUCUGCAAUGGAAACUGGAGCUAAUAGAUAUUCUUCAAGCGAAAUCCAAUUCUACUCCAGUCCCAAUGCCAACCGACUUUUCGGCACUAGAAAAGAUGGAGUAUAAGCCAGUUAAGGUGAAAGGGGAAUUUCUUCAUGACAAGGAGAUUCUUAUAGGACCCAGAGCACUUAUUGAUAAUGAACACCAGAGGUUUGGAUCCCUGGUGUCUGACCCCAAGAAAAACCAAGGAUGGCUUGUUGUUACUCCAUUUAAAUUAUCUGAUACAGGGGAAGUGAUCCUAGUCAAUCGUGGAUGGAUACAUCAAAGCAUGCGGCCCAAAGAUAAACGGGAACCAUCCAUGAUAAAAGGAGAAGUGGAGUUAACCGGUGUUGUGAGGCUCACAGAGAAGAGAGCUCCAUUUAUGCCAAAGAACAACCCUGAAAAAGGGUCUUGGUUUUCUAGGGACUUGGAUGCAAUGAGUGAACAUUUAGGCUGUGCUCCAGUAUGGCUGGACGCAAGGGGCAUUCCUGACCCUCUCGAAGGCUGGCCUAUACCUAACCAAACACGAGUCACUUUGAGGAAUGAGCACAUGUCAUAUCUUGUUACUUGGUAUUUACUGUCAGCUUUCACAGCUGUUAUGUGGCACAGAUUUUUUAUACGGAAAUUACCACUGAUGUAAUAUUUUAGUAUACACCUAACGACAACCAAAAUGGGUCACUUUUUACAGAACUUCCCAUAAAAACUGACGUGCGUUGAUUGGCUCUUUUAGUGUAGGAAAUAAAGGUAGUGGACGCCGCAGUAAUUCCUCUGCCAGAAAAAACUUUACAGUAUGAUAAAGUAUCAAUAAAUAAAAAUAUAGUAUAAAUUUCCAAAGAAUAAUAAUAAUAUAUUUAAGUAAAUACCUAAAGUCUUAAAUCGUUAAUAUAAUUUUACGGAAAAAUGCUCCGUUUAAACUUUCUUCGCCGGACAUAUUCAUGUAACGUAUUGCAACAAUAAAUGAAAUACCUAUCAAAAAAAAUAUCCCAGCAGAAAUACCAAUAUUAACAAAAUAUAAUUUAUUGGCGUGUCUUGGACCGGAAAAUUGCUCCGUCCGUUGGUUUUUCACUUGAAUGCCAUUUUACUGCCGAUUUAUACCUACAAUUUGAAAAACAAAGAAAAAAUACCAUGGAACUAUACUAUUUUCAGAAAUUGCCUUUUUACUUGCUGUGGAAAAUCUCUAUCCAUUUUAUUUAUUGAAUUAAGUUUUCUAUCCAUUCAACUAUAAAAACAUCCAAAAAAAUAACGAGCGUAUUAAAAACUAAACAUAUCGGGAGCAGUGUAUAGGAAGCGGGGUGUACAAGGGAUGAUAAUUUCUUUUUCACCACACCAGCUCGGAAAGGCUUACUUUGCACUUCAAAAACUGAUAGCAAAGUUGCAUUUUAUUCACAUGUGAGGCAAAGUAAUCAAAUGCAAAUUUUGAGUUGUUUUCUUAUAGAAUUGAUUUAUAAAUGAUGAUUGUGGAUGAUACAUAUUUAAAAACAUUCAUUUGGAUUUGAUUUUGUUUUAUAUUUUACAUUUAAUAUUUGCUUCCGGUUGGUGUGGUGAAAAUUUUUGUGUUUCACUCGGGGGCAAAUUUUGUUUAACCCUCGUGCUUUGAAACCCUCGCAACGCUCAAGAUUCCAUUUUUCGAACCACUCGCUACGCUCGUGGUUCAAUUUUGGAAUCUUUCGCUUCCUCGAGUAUCAAUAUUAGCACGAGCGGUUAAACAACAACUUUGCCCCCUUGUAAAACAAAUAACUAUUGGAUAUUUUGGAUUUAAGUAUAUACGUGACUACUUAGUAUAUAUUUAAAAAGAAAUCAGGCUGAGAAAUUUUCCACUCUCAGUUUUUAAUAGUUCUAAAACACAUAAACUUGGGUAUGCGUUUUUUUGGAUUUUCUUACCCACUACCAAAUAUAUAUUCUAAGAUCAUAUAAGAAGGAAAAAGUGGCAGAGCAAUUUUGCUAUGAAAAUGAGCGUCAAAAAAGGAAUUAUCAUAAAAAUAUAUUCUCAUGUUUGACAAUAGUUUUAGUAUUUUUUUUCUAGUAUCAUAUACUGAUACAAAUAACUUAUUUGGUAAAAUAAUUUUGGACGGAGGAAUUACUCGGUUCAAUAUAUGUAUAAACAGAUUUGUAUUAUUACGUAAUACCUAAGUGUUGGAUAUUUCUAUGUUAGUUUCGGCUCAUACUACUCGUAUACAAUAAGCGAGCAAAAUUUCAUCGACUGAGGAAUUAAUGCAUGGGUCUCCAUACGACAACUUGCUUCAUUUCCUACACUAUUUUGUUGUAUAUAGCAGAGACAUAUAAUUCCGGUAUAUAGGUAAUUGAGUGAAAGCGAAAAACUCUGUUACAGCUUGGGCCAAAAUGAUUUUGUAUAUUGUACCUCUACAGGUCGCAUUUCUGAUUCUCGAGAAAUUUAGUGAGCAUGAGCAAAUUCGAUGAUUAUGUAUUCCGCUACUGACACCUCAAAGCCACUAAUUUAUAGAUGAAUCAGAUUUAUUCUUGGGAAACCAAAUAGAAAAUAAUUAUAGAUUCUUUAUUUGUAACUUUCCUUGUAAAAUAAAUAUAAAUUUAUGGAUAGGUUUCAAGUUUACUUCUAAGAAUGAAAUCAAGUGUAGGAACAUAAUCUAUUUUAGGAGAACUUAAAGAUAGUAAAUACAUCAUGUUGUUGAGAUUGUUAAGGAUUUAAUAAAAAAAUGUGUACUGUAAA